AUGCAUACUGCACUGGAACAUGUGGAGGCGGAUGCGCGAAGCUCAAUCAAGGGUAUUGAUGCCACUGUUUUGGGUCUUCAGCGUUCGCUACAGGACACCAAAAAAUCCACUGUUAUUGCACUCGAGGAAUUUGUUGCAUCAGACAACAACAAGAUUAAACAAGCCAUCAAGAAUGUGCACUAUCAGUUGAAGCUUAUCAGAGGCACAUUAGGUAUAUAUCUCGAAGCAUGUGCUGCUAAGCCACUUGUGUCUUUCUAA